GUCUGCGGGUCUGCGCCAGCGUCUGAUAUCAAUGGCUUUCAGGGCUCGUUUUGUUUAAUUGCCUGGACUUUCUUAUUAUUUCACCCCUAAGAAACAAAUGAUGGAUAUCUUAUGGAUUUUAUGGACACUACCGUCGGUCCUGGCUGUUGAAGAAAUAUUGAUGGACUCCACCACGGCGACCGCAGAACUGGGCUGGACAGUAUAUCCUGUUUCGGGCACAAGUGACACCAGUUGGGAAGAAGUGAGCGGGUAUGAUGAACACAUGAACACCAUCCGCACCUAUCAGGUGUGUAACGUAUUCGAUGCCAACCAAAACAACUGGGUGCGCACCAAGUACAUCCGACGAAGAGGGGCACAGCGCAUCCACGUGGAGAUGAAAUUUUCUGUACGUGACUGCAGCAGCAUCCCGAGGGUACCGGGAUCGUGCAAAGAAACAUUUAAUCUCUACUAUUAUGAAUCGGAUACUGACACGGCCACCAAAGUCUUCCCUCCUUGGAUGGAAAACCCUUGGAUAAAAGUGGACACCAUCGCGGCCGACGAGAGCUUCUCCCAAGUGGAUCUGGGUGGAAGGGUGAUGAAGAUUAACACAGAGGUUCGCAGUUUUGGGCCUGUUUCACGCAAUGGUUUUUACCUAGCUUUCCAGGACUAUGGCGGGUGUAUGUCGCUGAUUGCCGUACGAGUGUUCUAUAGGAAAUGUCCUCGCACGAUCCGGAACCGGGCAAUAUUUCAGGAGACGCUUUCAGGGGCGGAGAGCACCUCACUGGUGGCAGCGAGGGGUGUGUGCAUCCCUAACGCUGAGGAAGUUGACGUUCCUAUUAAACUGUACUGUAAUGGAGAUGGAGAGUGGAUGGUCCCUAUUGGCCGCUGUAUGUGUAAAGCUGGUCACGAGGCGGUGGACAACGGAACGGUUUGCAGAGCAUGCCCCUCAGGUUUUUUCAAGCCAGCUCAAGGUGAUGAGAAAUGCCUGCAGUGUCCAAUAAACAGCCGCACCACCAACGAUGGAGCGACCAAUUGCGUCUGCAGAAACGGAUAUUACCGCACAGAUUCAGACCCCUUGGAGAUGCCCUGCACAACCGUGUCUUCGGCCCCUCAGAACGUCAUCUCCAGCGUAAACGAGACAUCGCUGAUGUUGGAGUGGAAUUCUCCACGGGAGAGCGGCGGCCGCGACGACGUUGUCUACAACAUUAUCUGCAAGAGCUGCGGAGGCGGCAGGGGAGGCUGCACGCGUUGCGGGGACAACGUGCAGUUCAAUCCGCGGCAGCUGGGACUCACAGAGACUCGGGUUUUUAUAAGCGACCUGCUGGCACACACGCAGUAUACGUUUGAGAUCCAGGCCGUCAACGGAGUAUCGGAUCAGAGCCCUUAUUCACCACAGUAUACGUCGGUUAACAUAACUACUAAUCAGGCUGCUCCUUCUGCGGUGUCUAUAAUGCACCAGGUCAGUCGUACGGUCGAUAGCAUCACUCUCUCCUGGUCGCAGCCAGACCAGCCAAAUGGAGUCAUACUCGACUAUGAGCUGCAGUAUUAUGAAAAGGACCAGACGGAACAUAAUUCUUCCGUGGUAAAAAGUCAAAUCAACACCGCAGUCAUACGCGGCCUUAAACCAGGAGGCAUCUACGUGUUCCAGGUCCGGGCACGUACGGUGGCGGGCUUCGGACGCUACAGCGGCAAGAUGUACUUUCAGACCAUGACCGAAGCGGAGUACAACACUAGCAUUCAAGAGAAACUGCCUCUCAUCAUCGGCUCUGCGGCGGCUGGUUUGGUCUUCCUCAUUGCAGUGGUGGUCAUCAUCAUUGUCUGCAACCGCAGACGCGGGUUCGAGAGACAGGAUUCAGAAUACACAGACAAGUUGCAACACUACACCAGCGGUCACAUGUCACCAGGAAUGAAGAUCUACAUCGAUCCAUUUACCUACGAGGACCCCAAUGAAGCCGUGAGAGAGUUUGCUAAAGAGAUCGACAUCUCCUGUGUGAAGAUCGAGCAAGUCAUCGGAGCAGGGGAGUUUGGAGAGGUGUGCAGCGGAAACCUAAAGCUCCCGGGAAAAAGGGAAAUGUUCGUGGCCAUCAAAACACUUAAGUCGGGGUAUACAGACAAGCAGAGGCGGGACUUCCUGAGCGAGGCGAGCAUCAUGGGGCAGUUUGAUCACCCUAAUGUCAUCCAUCUGGAGGGAGUGGUGACCAAGAGCAGCCCUGUCAUGAUCAUCACAGAGUUUAUGGAGAACGGCUCGUUGGACUCUUUUCUUCGGCAAAACGACGGUCAAUUCACUGUCAUUCAGCUGGUGGGCAUGUUACGUGGAAUCGCCUCUGGGAUGAAAUAUCUGGCAGACAUGAAUUACGUGCAUCGUGACCUGGCUGCCCGUAACAUUUUAGUUAACAGCAACCUUGUGUGCAAAGUGUCCGAUUUCGGCCUCUCGCGCUUCUUGGAGGACGACACAUCUGACCCCACGUACACCAGCGCUCUGGGUGGGAAGAUUCCUAUUCGAUGGACAGCCCCAGAGGCCAUCCAAUACAGGAAGUUCACUUCUGCUAGUGAUGUAUGGAGCUACGGAAUUGUCAUGUGGGAAGUGAUGUCAUAUGGAGAGCGGCCGUAUUGGGACAUGACCAAUCAAGACGUCAUCAACGCCAUCGAGCAAGACUACCGGCUGCCCCCUCCCAUGGACUGCCCCAGCGCCCUCCACCAGCUCAUGCUGGACUGCUGGCAGAAGGAACGCAACAACCGGCCCAAGUUUAGCCAGAUUGUCAACAACCUGGACAAGAUGAUCCGUAACCCCAACAGCCUGAAGGCUAUGACUCCUCUGUCAUCAGGAGUGCAUUUGCCCUUGCUUGACCGCAGCGUGCCCGACUUCUCAAGCUUUAGUACUGUGGACGACUGGCUGGAUGCUAUUAAGAUGGGCCAGUACAAAGACAACUUCGCCAAUGGCAACUUUACCAGCUUCGACCUUGUUUCCCAGAUGACUAUGGAGGACAUACUCAGGGUCGGAGUGACACUGGCAGGUCAUCAGAAGAAGAUCCUCAACAGUGUUCAGAUGAUGAGGGCCCAGAUGAACCAGAUCCAGUCUGUAGAAGUUUGACCUCCAGUGUUUUGGUUAGACCGGGAGAAGAGUACAAGAGGAGGAAUGGGGGCGUCGUAAAGGGAGGACACGGCCACCACAGACCCACAGCCUGAUUUACCUUCCGGACCACCUGAGCCCCUCCUCCAAAGACACUCUCACUCUCCAUCUGUGUCAUCAGAAACCCUUGUUAACCCCCAGCUAUCCUAACGGACCCGGGAAAGCUGCGUUCGGAAGAUGUGAUCACAACAUCCGUUUAGCUUUAGCCUCCAUCAAUCACAGAAUGUCCGUUCAAUCAGCCAGCAAUAGGCUCCGCCCCCUCGCCCCUUCAAAUCCCUUGUUUCUUCUGCAAUUUUCCUCUUUUUUGUUUGUUUGUCGUUUUAUUCCUUCUUCAUUUUUUAAAGAGUUUUUGUAAAGAAUUUGUAAAGCUAUGAGAACACAAGGAAUCUAUAUUAAAAUAUAUAGAUCGGUGUAAUAAUGUGGACUGAAAACUAGGUGAAUUGAAAGGCUACCCUUUAAAAGGGCAAUAAAGAAACUGGAGAUAAACACUUUGCCCCUAAAUACGCUUCGGAGAUUUCCUUUAUAAUAUAUUGCGGAGUAGGAAUAAUGACUGUCUGCUCAACGGCAACCUGCGGGAUCGUAGUCCCUCUCCCCCCGAUGACAUCCGAAGGAAAAGACUGGGAACACCAUGAAAUGGAACUUCCUUUUGGCAGCUGAACUGCCUCGAAGAAAAUACAAGACUUCAUUCGUUUUUGCAGUUAAAACGACUACAACCCGUAGGAACACGAGUCUCCUCAAAAAGGUUUUCUCAUUCACAGUGUUGAAUCGUGAAGAAGAUUUCUCAUUUCUUGGGGGAAAAAUGAAAAUUCUACAGAUGUCACAACAGCCUGCCAAAUAGACCAUCAUUCCUUUGUACCUCGUCCUGUACAUAUCGGAUCCACUUGACAUUGUGACGUCAUCAUCCUGAUGUAGUCAAACAUUUUAGUUUCAGCGUUAGAUGGAUUUGACGUUUGAUGAAUUUGCUUUCGGAUGCCUAGUCUCCCAUAGUCUUCCUCCUUUUUAAAAGGUUGGUCAUGGGCUGAGAUGAUUUAGUUGGAAAGACUGCAUCUGAUAAUACCCCCACCCUUCACAGCGAUAUGUUUUUCAUGAAAAGCAUCUAGAAGGACCCUGAGUGCAUUGGUGUGGUCUUCCCAUCGUCUAGCCGUGUGUGAGUGUGUUAUGACACCUGCGUGGUACAAAACUCUGAUUUCACGAGAAGCUUGGAUAUGAUACACUUUGCUGAUCACUGUGCUGAUCUAUAUAUUUUUGCCACCAAAAUGUGUCGAGAAAGAUGUUUUAUAAUGAGCUAGUAGGGGUUUUACUAUCUGAUAAAGUAUGCAGUUAUAGGACAUUUCCAAAAUGGGUACGUCAUGUUUAUUGUUGAGCAUAGUUUUAUAUGAGGAUACUGUCAAAUGGUUCUGAAACGGUACAUUCUCUAGUAUGAGUCACCCAAGACGCGAUGUAAAAGAAACAGUAGGUAGAAAUAUGACAUCUAGUCGGCUUAUGAUGUUAAGCUGAAAUUUUAGAGGCCAUUUAAAGAACACAACACAAACAAUAACAGCGAAAUAUUGUAAACUAGUGGUUCCUGAUGUCUAUAGGAUUUAUUUUAUCAUUUACAAAAAAACACAAUCCCUGCAAAAUACUUCCACAACACUCUCUUUUCUCCUAGGUGUACAACAAAUUAAACUAUGUAUAUAACAAUCGAGCAGAACCCCCCCCCCCCAGAGAGAAGCUUUGUCAGAAUUUAGUGUACAGAAUCAUUUUUAUGUCUUAUUGAGAGUCGCUAUUGAUAAUGUUCUGUUCGGGCUUUUUGUUUUGUACAAGAACGGACUGAGAGACAGUCAUCCUGACAAGCAGCUUCAUGACUGGAGUGUGUGUGAGUUGUGCGUGUGUUUGUUUGCACGUGCAGGUACAUCCAUGUACCAGCAUUGAGGUCACUGUGGUUAACGGUAUACUCGCUCAGCUGACGAGGGGCUCAUUUUAUUCCAUAACCUCAGGGUUGACAUGCAUCUUUAUAGUGCUUUAAAAGCAUGUGUGCAACACGGUACUGUGAGCUCACAUCAGCACAGGUCAAAUCUACAGACGGAUCCACCUCAUUCAAUCUCAGAGUGCUGAUACAGUUAUUAUCAAGCGAUCUAUGUUUGGCCAUUCUUUGUUCUUCCCAUUACACAAUGCUUCCAUUAGAAUGAAGACUCGGUUCGGUUUUUCCCAGCCGUGCCGUACUUUGGCAUGAAGUAUCAGUUUAGUGAACAUUCAGUCUUCAAAUUGUCCUGUUAAGAAACACAACCUAAACUUCCUCAAUUUCUGGUGUUUUCCCUUAGCCUGACUGUUACUAAAAUGUCUUGAGAGUUUCGUCUCUCAGUGGUCUUUGUAAAUUUUAUGAUGAGAUUAAGAAGCUACGAUGACAAGGAAUAUGAUUGAUGUUCACUGCUGGACACGACACUGUGUUUUAACUAGAUGCGAUGUGAAAUGUUUCCUAAAUCACAACUAUUGAAAACAAAACAUUAUUACACAGAGGUAAACGUCAAGGUAGAUUUGGAUCACUGACAUUUUUCUUUUGCCUGUGAAUUUACAAUAUUGAAAAACGUGUCUAACGCUAAAAAACACCAAAAAAGUUUUGAUUUAACCCUCUUAUGCAAGAAUUUAUGAAAACCCGACACUCUUCUUCACAGCGAUAACAUAAAAAAAAACGUUUACUGAAGGGUUCUUACAAGAAUCAUUUCUUUAUUAUUUUUAAAAUCUUUACUGCAAAAGAACCUUUUAAGAAACAGAAAGGUUCUUCAAAUAUUAAAGAUUUUUUAUAAAACCAUUUGGCAAAAAAAGUAAUUUUUAGUUUUUAUUGCUUUUAGGGAAUUUAAAGCAAGAUAUGAACUUUUUACACCGAUUUUAUGAUGUCCACUUGAGUGGAAAAAAUUGCGUUUUGUUUUUGUUUGAAGAUACUGUAGCUGUCCACUGUAGUGACCUCUAUGCGUGAACGGGUUAAAAGUUUCAUCAUAUUUAAACUGAAGCUAUACUUAAAAAUACCUUUAACAUUAAACACAAGUGUGUUAACUGCGGAAUGUUGGUUACUUCAGAGCUGUUUUUUAUCGCUUCUCACGCUAUCAUAUCUGGUUAAGAUACGUUGUAUGUCAGGGAGUGAAAGACAAAUGGAGAUAAAAGGAUAGAAGGAUGCUCUCACAUCAUAAAACUUCAAUGAUGCCAGCGGUCUAGCAGUCACUUUAACCUGUCUGUCCAGCACAUGUCCUUUCAAUAUUCAAAAGCUUCUCUGUAUCUUACGAAUCUCUCGUCUUCCUCAGAAUAACAAUUCACACUCACAGGACAACCCCCGUCACUCACACGGCCUAUAAAUCGACGGCUCUCCUCUCCAUAGUGUGCUUAACCAUAAACUAUGUUUGGAUAAGUCUGAUCUUAACGCUGGAAUAGUUUAAACUUCAUGAUGGUGGUUUAGUGAUGUUUACAGGUGCUGCAAGUCACUGCGAGUUUUAAAUCCCCAGGAUUAACAAACCUCCGAAAGAAAUCCUGAAUGGAUAUCCCGUAAAUUACUUCUGAAGCUCAGCUUAUGUUCCUUCAAACCAAAUGUGUUAUUUCAUAAAUAUACGUUUGAGAUAUUUGAACAAAAUGGGGUUUUUCUUGCAGUUUGGUGGUGACGAUCACGUGGGUUUCUGGCACUUGGUACAGAGCGAUCAUGAAGGAACAUUAGAAGUCAACGAGCCUUGCUGUCUGUUAUGAUUUGUUGCGAGAUACGCAUUCGUUGAAAGAUUAUGACACGCUCAGCAGCAAUACACGUUUAGUAGAAUGCGUUUUCUUUCAGGAACCUGUAUUUACAAAGAAAUAUGUCAUCGCAACCGUCUCGCGUAAUUCUGCUUUCCCACCGUGUCUUCAACCGCAGCUGCUGAAGUUUAUUUCUCGGUAGGGGACUAAUUACUUCACAUGUCUCCCUCACUCAUUUUGUUGUUUAACAGAACACCGUAGACCACAUACAAAUGAGACGUGGCGUCGAGAGUGUGAAAGAAUGUCAUGCGGAGUGAUUUAGCACUUAUUGUUUUUGUAUUUCAGUUUAAACGCAUACACCACAACCACUUUUUUAAUACGAGGCCUGGAAAAGCAUUCGGCAUUUCUUUUAUAAAAGAAAAUCAUUUUUUUCAGAGGUUUAACUGUUCCCGCCAUGUGGACGGCAAAAACGCCGGCACAGGAACGUGCUCCAUUUAAAGCUCUCUGUUGAAAGCUGGGUGACAGCAAGCUGUGAUCAACAUAUGCUCACAGCUACUGGCGAACCGUAAUUCCAAUGAAAAUCCGUUAUUAUGAUGAUUAUAUGCGACUGUGAUAAAUACAAGCUGGCUUUAGCUCACUAUUGUGGGUCUGCGUUUCUGCCUGCUGCAUCCUUCAAAUACGGUGAGAACGAAGUUAGUUUCAGAUAGAAAAUGGCUCCCCUGUGCAGCGCUGUUUCUGCCUGUAGGGCUGCAGCACCCUCUGGUGUUAGGAAGGUAGUAGUGCGGGAAGGCUGUGGUUCUUCUACACGUCUCUUAGGCCUAGUUUUUGGGAUGCUUUCAUCACUCUAGCCCAAACAGAGCUCUGCCCACCUAGACCACUGUGACGGAGAUAGGGGUCCUGUUUCGCUGUAUAAAAUGUACAUUUGACUGUAACCCUGUGAAUGAUGUAACAAUUUCAUUAUUUGUAAUAUUGUUAUUGGUUUAUUUUCUAAAAAUGGAAAAGCCCAAGUUGACUCUCCUCAUUAAAAAAAUGAAACGAGAUCUGUU